ACGAUGACACUUAACCCUUUGCUGCUGCUGCGAAUGCGGAAGGACUCGUCAACGCUCGUUUGUGAGAGAUCGUAUGCUCUAAAAAUGGUAAUUAUAAAUCAGAAUGUUGCUGUAGUGUAUGUUUUUGUGAUGACAUUCUUCAUCAGCUGCUAAGAAAAUAUGGUGGAGUUAAAAGUAGUUGUAGAUGGUGUGCAGAGGAUAGUGUGUGGUGUGAGCGACCACACAAGGUGCCAGGAUGUCAUUAUUGCCCUCGCUCAGGCAACUGGACAAAUCGGACGCUUCAAUCUAAUCGAGAAAUGCCAUGAUUCUGAACGCUCACUCAAACCUCAUGAAAACCCUCUGAGGUUAAUGUCUAAGUGGGGGCCCAACUCUAAGGAUUUUUAUUUCUUGAUGAGAAAGACAGGGACCACACCAGGUAACAGUCGACCACCCUCUGUAACCCAAGAAAUAAAUGACAGAUUCAAGCAAGUUAUAAGCCCCACGGAAUCAUUUGAAGAUUUUCACCAGCAGCGACAGGCUAGCGUAAGACGGUCACAAACAUUUAGUGGGUACCGUGGAGGGACCUCAGAGCAGAGGAUCAGCCAGAAACAUGUCACUAACCCACAGAAUCAAAACAAACACCAAGAGUUGAGUGAGUUGGUUUCCAUACAGAAGGCUAGACUGGCUCAACAACAACAAGACCUUUGCCACAUUGAAACCCUCAUUCAGACUCUAGAAGAAUUCUCACAAACUCCAAAUGAUUCAGAUCCAGAAAUUGAAGAAUUUGAACUGCGCUCGAGGCAAAACAAAGCUGAGCUUCAGGAGUUAGAAUUCUGGGAGAGUGAAGUUGAGAUUGAACGCCAGCUCCACUCUGCACUCUCUAAAGAGAUUGCCAAGUUCAAAGGUCGUAUGGAGAAUUGUGUUAAGGAACUGUCGUUACAGCAACAUGAGAUUGUAGUUCUGAGCCACCAGAUGGAGGAAUACAGAAAUAAACAACGUCAAGUGGAAGAGGAUGCUGCUAAGAUAAGACUUGAGCAGAUGAAAGAUGAAGCCAAGCUACUCCAGCAAGAGUAUGAAGAAUACACAAAGACAACUAAAGAGAUGGAUUUGACCCUAGCUGAGCUGAACUGUACCCUAGAGGACAGAAGAUCCUUAGAAUCUCGAUUGAAGCAAGAUCUUGCCUGCGAUAACUUGAAGGACUUUAGCAAGACCUCAUCCAAACACCCACAAGAUGAGGACAAGUCAGAAGAGACUCAGGGUGGGACUCUAAGCAGACUACCACGCCAACGGGCUGAAAGCUCACCUCAACAAAUGUAUGCAACCUUCCCAUUUAGACGUUUAGUGAGUGCGCGUCAUCUUGUCGUUGCAGCGUCCUCUAGUGAUGAUCCAGAAGGUGUAUUUGUUUGAAACCCAUCAAUUAUUAUGUAUUAUCAGGAAACAACAGGUGCUGUAUUCAAUUUCAAUGUUCUUGAAAGUUUUUCCAGGGUUUAAAACAUGUCUAAGUUACUGUACAUGUCACGUUUAGUUCCUACAUGUAUAGCAUUACAGAAUGUACAGGGUGAGUCCAAAUAAAGUUUGCCAAGAUUUAUGAUUUAAAAACAAAACAACAACUGACACUCAAAACCCGAGUGAAUCACAUAUUAAACAAGCAUUCUUUCCUGCUUAUCUGGAAAAAAAGACCGAAACAAAUUGAUCAUUUCUAAGAUAAGUUUGCCUGUUUUACUGAAAGCACUCAUGUGUGUGGCUGUCCAUGGAAUGUUAAUGCUUGACUAAAUCUAACCAUCUGAGCAAGUAGCAAAGGGUAUAAAAAAGUAUUGUCAAGUAUUUUAUGGACAGCUUGCAAAAUGAGUAGCUUUAUUUAAAUAGACAUAACUAGGAAUGAUCAUUUUCUUCCAUUCUUUAUUUCUAAUAAGCAGGAGAGAGUGCUUGUUAAAUAUAUUAUGCUUUACUGAACUUUUGAGUGUCAUUUGUUUGUUUUG